AUGGAGAGUGAUGAACAAGUAAGCAAGAAGGACAUAAAGGUGGAGAUUCCAGCAGAUGAGACUGAGAAGUACGUGUGUGCCGGGCUCUCAAGACAGCUGAGCAUGACGAAGAACAAUUGCCUCUGCUCCCCCACCACGCAUGCAGGCUCAUUCAGGUGCAGGCUGCACCGUGCCCCGAGCCUCCAGCGGACUAAAAGCAUGGACUGUCGUGGCCCAGCGUCUAAGGCAGGCUAA